GCGACACCUGAAUCAGUCGGCUCACCGGACAGUAACGACGGCAAGUUGAAUCCUACAUCUGGCGAACAUUUAAAAAUAUUAGAUUUUCUUGACAGCUUCUUGGUUCCAUCCGAUUGCUGAAGCCAUGGGCCGCAAAGAGCUUCCAAAGCAUUUACGGGACCUCAUUGUCGAAAGGUACCGAUCAGGAGAGGGGUACAAAAGAAUUUCCAAAACAUUAGAUGUACCAUGGAACACCGUGAAAGCCAUCAUCAACAAGUGGAAAAAAUGGGGCACCACAGUGACGUUACCAAGAACAGGACGUCCCUCCAAAAUUGACGUAAGGACAGGAAGGAAACUGAUCAGGGAGGCCGCCAAGAGACCUACAGCAACACUAAAGGAGCUGCAGGAAUAUCUGCAGGUGGUCAUGGCAGAUCUUGGACUGAAACAAGGAGAUAAAGUAUUGGUGGUGUGGACCCACCCAUCCUCUCCUACAGCUUUGAAGGAAUUUGCUGAGGGUGUCAGUGCUGUGGUUGGUGGCCAGAACCUGGUGUCCCUUGAGAACAUGGAAAGGCUCCAGAUAUCCUCUCACUCGGCUUCAAGUUGUGACUGGGUUCUGUCCCAGCUGCUUCCUGACACCGCUUCAGUCCACAGCUCUGAGAUUCUGGCGGAGAUGGCCCGUGUCCUGAAACCUGGCGGGAAGCUGGUCCUGGAAGAGCCAGUAUCAGGUUCCGAGGAGGUGAAUGGAUUCAGGACAGCUGGGAAGCUCAUGUCAGCCCUCAAACUAUCCGGCCUGGUUUCUGUCACAGAGGUGAAGAGUGAAGCCCUGAGCCCUGAGGCGCUUAGUCAGCUCACAGAUGUCCAGGGAAAAUCUCUGUCUCGGGUACGAAUUUCAGCUUCCAAACCCAACUUUGAGGUCGGAUCGUCAUCUCAGCUCAAACUGUCUUUUGCCAAGAAAACAGAAAAGCCAGCUCUCGAUCCAGGUGCUGCCAAACUGUGGACCCUUUCAGCUAAUGACAUGGAUGAUGAUGACAUUGACUUGGUGGACUCGGACGCCUUGCUGGAUGCUGAAGACCUGAAAAAGCCCGACCCAGCUUCGCUCAGAGCAUCAUCGUGUGGAGAAUCAGCAACUAAGAAGAAAGCCUGCAAGAACUGCACGUGUGGCCUCGCGGAGGAGCUGGAGCAGGAGAGCAAAGCCGUUCAGAAAACCAGUCAACCCAAAUCCGCCUGUGGAAACUGUUAUUUAGGAGAUGCUUUCCGCUGUGCCAGCUGUCCGUAUCUCGGCAUGCCUGCGUUUAAACCAGGAGAGAAGAUCGUACUGGCCAACACACAGAUUGCAGAUACAUAAAACAUACCGAUUCCCCAAAGCGAUAAUUCGACCAUUCCUUUCGAUUAUGGUCAUGGGUGGAUUGAACAUCAACAUCACACCUGAAUGGUUUUGAUCGCUUCAGAUAUCAAACUCAUUCAAUGCAGCCUUUUGAACAAUGUAAUAUUUAGAUGUUUAAAAGCUGAACUAUAUAUUAUAGUAUAAUAUGCCUUAAGAACUUGAUCCACUGAAAUUAAACCGGACCAUCUUUUUUUUUUUUUUUUUUUAGUUUCAUUGAUUUAUUUUUCCUGGUGUUUUUUUUUUUCUUUUCUUUUUUCAAACCCCAAAAUGUUCUCUUGAUCAUAUGUAGCUUAUGCUUUGUAUAAUAUAGAAUGGCAUUUGAUGCAAAAAUAAAAUGAUUGCACACUG